AUCAUACUACUUUAAAAUGGCUAAAAACCUCAAAAAUGCCAAAAAGAAGACAUGCUAGAUGGAUCAUAAAAUUACAACAAUAUCAUUUUACUAUUGAAUAUAGAGUAGGAAAACAUAAUGCAAAUGCUAACGCAUUAUCUCGCAU